AAAAUAUAUCAACACAAGAUUUCCACUCCUUCCUUCUUAGUUGUUUAUUCUCUCUAUAUAAAUACCCUUUCUCCUUCCCAUAAAUAAACAACAUAUCUAGCAAAGCCCAAAAGAAAGAAAAAUACAAAAUGAAUUAUUUUAAAAAGUCCUCUCUUUUUCCUUUUCCAUUUCUUUUGUUGUGUUGCUCUAUAAUUGUAUUUUUCAACAAUGGUGUUGUUAAUGCUUCACAUAAAGUUUUUCCAGAGUUGCAAUCUACAAGCACUGUUGAUGUCAAGAAUGUCCAUAGAACUGGCUACCACUUUCAACCACCUAAAAAUUGGAUCAAUGAUCCCAACGGCCCAAUGUACUAUAAUGGUGUCUAUCAUCUAUUCUACCAAUACAAUCCACAUGGAUCAGUAUGGGGUAACAUUGUUUGGGCCCAUUCAGUCUCAAUGGACCUGAUUAAUUGGAUCCCACUUGAGCCCGCAAUUUACCCAUCCAAAGUAUUCGACAAUUACGGUACAUGGUCCGGGUCAGCCACAAUCUUGCCGGGCAACAAGCCCAUUAUCCUCUACACCGGAGUCGUAGAUGCCAACAAGACUCAAGUCCAAAACUAUGCAAUCCCGGCUAACUUGUCUGAUCCAUUUCUCCGUAAAUGGAUCAAGCCCGAUAACAACCCAUUGAUUGUCGCGGACGUUAACAUCAAUAAGGCCCAAUUUCGUGACCCAACAACCGCUUGGUUGGGCCGAGAUGGUUAUUGGCGAACCUUGAUUGGGAGUGUGUUGGGAAAUAAAGGAUUGACAAUAAUGUACAAAAGUAAGAGCUUCAUGAAAUGGAAAAAGGUCCAACAUCCACUUCAUUCAGUUGACGAUACUGGAAACUGGGAAUGUCCUGAUUUUUUCCCUGUAUUAUUGGAUGGUACUAAUGGAUUGGAUGCCUCAUACAAUGGGAAAAAUGCUAAGCAUAUUCUUAAAGUUAGUCUUGAUGUUACAAGGUUUGAGUACUAUACAGUUGGUACAUACGAUACAAAAAAAGAUAGGUAUACUCCGAAUAACACCUCCAUCGAUGGUUGGAAGGGAUUGAGACUUGACUAUGGUAAUUAUUACGCGUCCAAAUCAUUCUAUGACCCUAGCAAGAAUCGAAGAAUUAUGUGGGGUUGGUCUAACGAAUCAGAUACUGUUGAUGACGAUGUCAAGAAAGGAUGGGCAGGAAUCCAAACUAUCCCGCGCAAACUAUGGCUUGAUCCUACCGGAAAGCAAUUGGUUCAAUGGCCUAUCCAAGAAUUACAAACUCUAAGAGAGCAAAAAGUCCAGUUAAGUAAUUGCAAGUUGGAAAAAGGAGAUAAAAUUGAAGUUAAAGGAAUCACACCUGCACAGGCUGAUGUGGAAGUGACAUUCUCUUUUUCGAGCUUGGAUAAAGCAGAGCCAUUUGAUCCUAGUUGGGCUGAUCUUUAUGCUCAAGAUGUAUGUGCCAUUAAAGGAUCGAAAGUUCAAGGUGGACUCGGACCAUUUGGGCUCCUAACUUUGGCUUCUAAAAAAUUGGAAGAAUAUACACCAGUAUUUUUUCGAGUUUUCAAGGCUCAAGAUAAAUAUAAAGUUCUUAUGUGCUCCGAUGCUUCAAGAUCAACUCUCGAGAAUGGUAAGACAAUGUACAAACCAUCAUUCGCGGGAUAUGUAGAUGUAGAUUUAACAAAUAAGACAUUAUCUCUGAGGAGUUUGAUUGAUCACUCAGUAGUAGAAAGUUUUGGUGCCGGAGGAAAAACAUGCAUUACAUCAAGGGUUUAUCCAACGUUAGCAAUUUAUGAUAAUGCACAUUUAUUUGUCUUUAAUAAUGGCACAGAGGCUAUCAAAAUUGAGACAUUGAAUGCAUGGAGCAUGGGUAAACCUAAGAUGAACUGGUCAUUUGGUCACUCCUCUUAUUGAGGAUAAUACUUUGUACGUAUUAAGCUCCACAUUUUGUGGUGAUGGAUUUUGAUGGCUCUUUUGGGGUUUUUUUGUAUUUAAUUGGUAAUCCUCACAUUUCUAAUUAAUUUAAUUCAAUUUAUCUUAUAUGA